GGUAGCGUCUAGUUUCCUUUCGGGCACGGAAGUGGGUGCACUGAAGGCCACACGUGGAUACAGCGUGUCGCCGCAGCCGCUGUAAUCAUGGGAAAGACGGGGAAGCUGCGCUCCGGUGUUUCCGGCAAAGUGAAGCGAUGGAAGAAGGGGAAGAGUAGCGAGUGUAACCCCGAGGCCCGGCGGCACCGGGAGGCAGCGCGCAGCCGCUUCUUCAGCCGCCCAUCUGGUAAAAGUGACUUGACGGUAGAUGCGCUAAAGCUCCACAAUGACCUUCAGUCGGGGUCGCUGUCCGUGCAUAAGAAGCCUGAUGACAACAUGGAAGAAGAGGUGGAAAUGGCCACGACACAGAAGUCUGGCGGAACCUUCCUAAGCGGACUGUCUGACUGCACUAAUCUCACGUUUGGCAAAGUGCAGAGAUACUGGGAAUCCAACUCCGCUGCCCACAAGGAGAUUUGUGCCGUGCUGGCUGCUGUGACUGAAGUGAUCCGCUCCGAGGGAGGAAAGGAGACAGAGACGGAGUACUUCGCAGCCCUGAUGACCACACUGGAAGCCGUCGAAUCCCCCGAGUCAUUGGCUGCGGUUACCUACCUGCUAAACCUGGUCAUGAGAAGGGUUCCUGCUCCUGUGCUGAUUAAGAAGUUCUCAGAUACGUCAAAAGCGUUCAUGGACAUCAUGGCGUCUCAGGCCGCCAGCGGCAGCACCUCGGCUGUGAGAUGGGUUAUAUCUUGUCUGGCUGUACUGCUGCGCAAGCAGGAGCUGUCUGCAUGGAGUUACCCAUCCACCCUGCAGGUGUACCACGGCAUGCUGAGCUUCACUGUCCACUCCAAACCAAAAAUCCGGAAGGCGGCCCAGCUUGGGGUUUGCUCUGUUUUAAAGGGCAGUGACUUCAUGUUUUCAGACUCUGCGCCUGCUCACCACCCGGCUGCCCAGUCCACUGCUAAGUUCUGCAUACAAGAGGUUGAGAAGUCUGGAGGCAGCAAAGAGGCCACCACAACACUGCACAUGCUGACGCUGCUGAAGGACCUGCUGCCCUGUUUCCCCGUCAGCGUGGUGAAGUCUUGCUGCGAGACGCUGCUGAAAGUCAUGACCUUAAGCCACGUGCUGAUCACGGCCUGUGCAAUGCAGGUUUUCCACACGCUCUUUAACAGCAGCCCCAGCACAGAAGCAAUGACAGCCGAGCUGAAUGGUCAGAUCAUCACGGCUCUGUACGAUUACCUGCCCAGUGACAAUGACCUGCAGCCCUUGCUGGCGUGGUUGGCUGUUAUGGAGAAAGCCCACAUUAACCUGUCAAGGUUGCAGAAUGAUCUCUGCCUGGGUCAUCUUCCACGACUUUUCUCCACGUCUGUCAAUUGCCUUCUGUCCCCUCACACGCAGGUCGUGUCUGCAGCUGCCCGGACACUGAAGUCUCUCCUUACAGAAUGCAUUGCUCCUCAUGCUAAGGACGUUGGUACAGUCUCAUCUACUCCAGCAUCAGGACCCGGUGGGCUCAUCUCUAAAAUGUUCAAGUGUGUAGAAGACGGCCUCUCGUAUAAGUUCCACGCUUCCUGGGUCUGUGUCCUGCAGAUCCUGCAAACUUUUUUUGAGGUUGCGGGGAAGUCUUACCACCCAUUUAUGAAGAAGUGUUUGCAGACCCUGGCUGACCUUCGAGUCUCUGCUCAUUUCCCGCACCCCAGAGAGCUGGACAUCACAGUGGGAGCGGCGGUGGAGAGCAUGGGACCAGAGGUGGUACUGAAGGCAAUUCCCCUGCUAAUCGAUGGCACAGAGGAAACCUGCGACUUCCCACGUAGCUGGCUGAUACCUGUUAUCCGGGACCAUGUGAAGAACACAGAGCUGGGGUUCUUCACUAGAUACUUCCUGCCUCUUGCUGCCAACGUGAAGAAUCGAGCUGUUGAUCUUGCCCAGGCCGGGAGAAACCUGGAGGCUAAAAUCUAUGAGACUCUCCAAUGGCAGAUCUGGACCAUGUUACCGGGAUUCUGCACCAAACCUGUAGACGUCGUGGACUCUUUCAAGGGGAUUGCACGAUCUUUGGGAAUGGUUAUCAGUGACCGGCCAGAUCUCCGGCUCACCGUGUGCCACGCGCUGCGUACCCUCAUCAACAAGGGAUGUGAAACCGAGCCUGAUAAAGCAGAGGUGAGCCGCUUUGCCAAGAACUUUCUUCCAAUACUGUUCAAUGUGUACAGCCAGCCACCUGCACCAGGAGAGGGUGCCUCCCAAAAGCUUCCCAUGCUGGACACUGUGCGAGCGUAUCUGACCAUUGCAGACCAGCAGUUGGUCAGUGGUUUCUUGGAGAAAGCCGGUGUGAAGCUGACUGAGGUGGAGACGUCUGAGGCCAUGAGGCUCUCCGUGCUGGAUCUCAUUGUGGCAAUGGCCCCCUACGCAGAUGAACCGUCAAUGACCAAGAUCUACAAGACCAUUCGGCCGUACCUAGAGGACAAGAACCACAGUCUGCAGAAGAAGGCGUACAGGGUGCUGGAGGAGAUCUGCGGCGGGGAGAGGGCUCCCUGUGUAGACUUUGUGACCAAAAACUUGGAGGAGCUGCAGGGAACUCUUGUGGGUUCUUUGAAAAGUGCUUCAUCCCCAGCUAAACGGCCUCGUUUGAAAUGCCUGAUCCAUAUCGUCAAACAGCUCACAGCCGAUCAUGAAGAAUUCAUAACCUGUCUUAUUCCAGAGGUGGUGAUUUGCACUAAAGAAGCUUCAGUUGGGGCGAGGAAGAAUGCAUAUACGUUGCUGGCAGAUAUAGGACACGCCUUCCUGCGUAUCAACCCAGAUCCGAAAGAUGCCAUGCAGCGUUAUCUCGCGGUUGUCUAUGCCGGCUUCACCGGGUCCAUCACGAUGAUCGGCUGUUCAGUUCUCACCCUGACCAGGAUCCUGUUUGAAUUCAAAGAUCGCAUGGAGCUGGAGGUGAUUGAGGAAUUACUGGCGAACGUGUGCCUCCUGUUGAGUUCCAAGACGCGGGAGGUUGUGAAGGCUGCUCUGGGCUUCAUUAAGGUCAUCAUCUUUGUAAUGGACUUGAAAGUCCUCUCCAAGCACCUUCAGUUGAUGAUGGAAGCCAUUGGAAAUAUAAGCCAGGACAUGAGGCGCCACUUCCGCAUGAAACUGAGAAACAUCUUUACCAAGUUCAUUCGCAAAUUCGGGUUUGAUCUGGUGAAGAGCAUGCUGCCAGAGGACUACCACAAGGUCCUGGUCAACAUCCGGAAGGCAGAAGCUAAAAACAAAAAACAGAAAGCUCUGAAACAGGCUGCAUCGGAGGGAGAUGACGAUCGGGAGGUUACGACGCUCAAGGGAGACAGCAUAGACGAUAUCUUGGCGGAUACAGACGAGGAAGAGGAGGAUGAGAAACAGACAAAGCAGCAGAAGAAACAGGCCAAGCAGAAGAACAGAGCCUGGCUCAAAGAAGGGGAAGGAGACGAACCCCUAAACUUCCUGGACCCAAAUGCCGCUCAGCGUGUCCUCGCCACAAAACCAGGUCUGAGGAACAAAAAGCAGAGCCACGACUUCAAGGUCACUGCAGAUGGGCGGCUCAUUAUUAAGGAUGAGGAAGGUGAUGAGGAGAAGUCGAAAGGUGUGGAUGAAGAGAUGGCGGACCUCUUGCAAGAAGUCGGCCUUCGAACCAACAAAGCUCAGAAGAAGCGUUUCCGAGAAGAGAAUGACGACGAUGCGGCUGGAGGGAAGACAUCGCAAUAUAAAGCUGGGGGCUCUGGAAUACACAGACCUGUUUCCAAGAAGCCGGAGUUUGGGACGAAUUACAAAUCAAAGAAAGGAAAAGGUGACGUGAAACAGAAAGACAAGCAUGACCCCUAUGCCUACAUACCCUUAAACAAAGCCAAGCUCAACCGCAGGAAAAAGGCGAAGAUGCAGGGCCAGUUCAAAGGCCUGGUGAAAGCCGCGCAGAGAGGGGCACAGAGCGGAAGGAAAAAGAGGAAAGAAAGGAGAGUGUGAGAUCCUUCUCACGGCAUUGUAUGGACUGCGUGUCGGCCUGCGUGCAUCAGCAGACUCUGCUCCCUACUAUGGGGGAACCUUUACCUCCUAUUGGUGCCUGACAGUGAUGUAAGUGUAGAGGGGUCGUCUUAGCCCUUCUAAGGGACAGUGACACUAAUUUCAGAUAGUUGCACCCUUUUGAAGAAAGAAACCAAACUAACUAAAAACCAGUAUUACAGGGAAGGAGCUGCUCUGUACGAAGAAUGGUUUCUGGAGGUACAUCGGUUGCGUCUGUUGUGCUGAAUAAACGUUUUAGGACAUUGGAGUGACUUUUACAUAA